AAGAGUUACCGCUCUAUGGAAAUACCUCUAAUAUUUAGAGAGUCUAAGAAUCCGAUCCUACAGGUGAGGCCAGACCCCCCUGCACCCAGCUGUGUGUCCAUGAAGAGUGACUGGUCUAUGGGGAAACCUGUUGACUUCAGAGCUUCAGACUUCUCUGAAAAUAACAGUGUCCACUGGCAGAUCUCAGAGGUUCCCAGUGGUCAGUCUGCCCAGGAGACCACAACAGACCUGGCCUUAAUUUUUAUGCUGCUUGAGGAGAACAUUAUCACCUUUGUGAAGAAUGAGUUGAAACACAUCCAGAGCUCUCUGAGUCCAGAUUACCCAGAAUGCUUAGAGAGUAAGGAUGAGAUGUUGGACGGUGAGGAGGAAGAGCAGAGGAAAAGCAACAGAAAGGCUUUUCUGCUGAUCACACUGCACUUCCUGAGGAGGAUGAAGCAGGAGGAGCUGGCUGACCAUCUGCAAAGCAAAACACUCGCUGCAGCGUGCCAAUGUGAACUCAAAUCUAAGCUGAAGAAUAAGUGUGAGUGUGUGAUUGAGGGGAUUGCUAAAGCAGGAAACCCAACACUUCUGAAUCAGAUCUACACAGAGCUGUACAUCACAGAGGGAGGGAGUGGAGAGCUCAAUGAGGAACAUGAGGUCAGACAGAUAGAAACAGCAUCCAGGAAACCAGACAGACCAGAAACAUCAAUCACAUGCGAGGACAUCUUUAAACCUUUACCUGGAAGAGAUGGACCAAUCAGAACAGUGAUGACAAAGGGAGUGGCUGGCAUUGGGAAAACAGUCUUAACACAGAAGUUCACUCUGGACUGGGCUGAACACAAAGCCAACCAGCAUGUCCACUUCACAUUUCCAUUCACUUUCAGAGAGCUGAAUCUGCUGAGAGGGAAAAAGUUCAGCUUGGUGGAACUUCUUCAUCACUUCUUCACUGAGACCAAAGAAGCAGGAAUCAGCAGGUUUGAGCAGUUCCAGGUUGUAUUGAUCUUUGACGGUCUGGAUGAGUGUCGACUUCCUCUGGACUUCAAGAACAACCAGAUCCUGACUGAUGUUACAGAGUCCACCUCAGUGGACGUUCUGCUGACAAACCUCAUCAAGGGGAACCUGCUUCCCUCUGCUCGCCUCUGGAUAACCACACGACCCGCAGCAGCCAAUCAGAUCCCUCCUGAGUGUGUUGGCAUGGUGACAGAGGUGAGAGGCUUCACUGACCCACAGAAGGAGGAAUACUUCAGGAAGAGAUUCAGAGAUGAGGAGCAGGCCAGCAGAAUCAUCUCCCACAUCAAGACGUCACGAAGCCUCCACAUCAUGUGCCACAUCCCAGUCUUCUGCUGGAUCACUGCUACAGUUCUGGAGGACGUGUUGAAAACCAGUGAGGGAGGAGACCUGCCCAAGACCCUGACUGAGAUGUACAUCCACUUCCUGGUGGUUCAGUCCAAAGUGCAGAACGUCAAGUAUUAUGGGAGAGCAGAGACAGAUUCACACUGGACUGCAGAGACCAGGGAGAUGAUCCUGUCUCUAGGAAAACUGGCCUUUGAGCAGCUCGAGAAAGGCAACCUGAUCUUCUAUGAAGCAGACCUGGCAGAGUGUGGCAUUGAUAUCAGAGCAGCCUCAGUGUACUCAGGAGUGUUCACACAGAUCUUUAAAGAGGAGCGUGGGCUGCACCAGGACAAGGUUUUCUGCUUCGUCCAUCUGAGCCUUCAGGAGUUUCUGGCUGCUGUUUAUGUCUUUCUGACAUUCAUCAACUCUGGAGUCAAUCUACUGUCAGAAGAACAAGCAACCUCCAGGAGGUUUUCAGUAUUAAACAAGAAACCUAAGCUUAAGCACCUCUACCAGACUGCAGUUGACAAGGCCUUGAAGAGUCCAAAUGGACACCUGGACUUGUUCCUGCGCUUCCUCUUGGGUCUUUCACUGUCAGCUAAUCAGAGUCUCUUACAAGGCCUAAUGACAUGGACAGGAAUCUCCUUACAGUCCAAUCAGGAAACAGUUCAGUACAUCAAGAAGAAGAUCAGGAAGAAUCCCUCUCCAGAGAGAAGCAUUAAUCUCUUACACUGUCUGAAUGAGCUGCAUGACCAUUCUCUAGUGGAGGAGAUCCAAAGGUACCUGAGAUCAGGAAGUCUCUCCACAGACAAACUCUCCCCUGCUCAUUGGUCAGCUCUGGUCUUCAUCUUACUGACAUCAGAGGAGGAGCUGGACAUGUUUGACCUGAGGAAAUACUCUGCUUCAGAGGAGGCUCUUCUGAGGCUGCUGCCAGUGGUCAAAGCCUCCGAUAAAGCUGUGCUGAGUGACUGUAAUCUGUCAGAGAGAAGCUGUGCAGCUCUGGCCUCAGUUCUCAGCUCCCAGUCCUCUAGUCUGAAAGAGCUGGACCUGAGUAACAACGAUCUGCAGGAUUCAGGAGUCAAGCUGCUCUCUGCUGGACUGGAGAGUCCACACUGCAGACUUGAGACUCUCAGGCUGUCAGGCUGUCUGGUCACAGAGGAAGGCUGUGCUUCUCUGGCCUCAGCUCUGAGCUCUAACCCCUCCCAUCUGAGAGAGCUGGACCUGAGCUACAAUCAUCCAGGAGACUCAGGAGAGAAGCUGCUCUCUGCUGGACUGGAGGAUCCAACCUGGAGAUUGGAGGCUCUCAGGGUGGACCAUUGUGGAGAGCAGAGGUUGAAACCAGGCCUGAAGAAGUAUGCCUGUGCACUCACACUGAAUGCAAACACAGCACAGAUAAACCUCCACCUGUCUGAUGACAACAGAAAGGUGACCGCAGUGAUAGAUAAGGAGAUAUUUCAUGAUCAGCCGGCAAUAUCUGACUCCUGGAGAAAUGUGCUGUGUCGAGAUGGUCUGAUUGAUCGCUGUUACUGGGAGGUCAAGUGGAAAGGAAAUGUUGAAAUAGGAGUGACAUACAGAAGAGUCGGAAGGAGAGUGAACAGUUUUGACUGUGGGAUUGGAUGGCAAGACAAGUACUGGAGUCUGCGCUGCCAUCAGAAAAAUUUCACCGUCUUUGACAAUAAGAGAGGAACGGUCAUUCCUGCCUGCCCGUCCUCUAACAGAGUGGCAGUGUAUCUGGACUGGCCUGCUGGCUCUCUGUCCUUCUACAGCAUCUCCUCUGACACACUGAUCCACCUCCACACCUUCAACAGCACCUUCACUCAGCCUCUGUACCCGGGCUUUGGCUUCGGAUUUCGGUCUCAUUCCUCAGCAUCUCUGUGUCAGAUGGACGAGUGACGCCUGGUUCAGAGUGGCUCCCUCUGCCUGUGUGAGAUGGCUGCCUCGCUGCAGGUGUGUGUGUCCACACAGACAGCAAUGCUGCUGCAGCGCUGCUACUGACAGCCCUACCUUUCUACACAGAGUUUGUCUUUGACAGUGUCCGAUGUAAUUUUUUAUAUCUCAAAAAGGUCUACAACACAGGACCAGGACCGGUGUGUUCAGCAUCCCCCAAAACCCACACAGACAUAGCCUCUACUUUCUCCAUGCAGUUGCAAUAACACUGGAUGCCACAUUCAGUUAGCUCUGGCUACAGCCCCUCCUCCCCCACUUGUAUUGUCCCUAAUGGUAUGAUCUCUGCCUCUUAUGACACAUGAUUGGUUCCUUUCAUGUGAAACUGCCACUGACGUGACUGAACUUAAGCAAAUGUGGCUGAGGGAGAACAGAUGUCAUACAGCCAUUUUAAUGAUCAGCAGUCUGAGUGAAAGGUUUUUCAGGAUUAGGGAGUCUCACUUUAACCGUGUCAUGUUCAGUGAAGCCUUUUGAGUGAAUCAUUAUCAGUAGUGGAGCUUCCAUAAAACGAAAAAUCAAUAAUGACGCUCCUGCAGUAUGAGGUCACUGCAACUUAGUGAGACUAGCUUUGUGUCCCUCUGUAGCCAAAUGACAGAAGAGAUUCAAGGUUUUGCUCUCACAUAGUUGUUUUGUAAGGGCACCAAGUAAAAGGUCCUGUGCCCUGCUACAACAUAUUAUAGCAGGGCAGGGUAAACCAUAAUCCUUUAUCCAUACAUCCAUCACCUCUGGUUUACACGCUUCAUCACCAUGUUUUCUGACCAUGGCUCUAUGUUUAGAAGAUGUGGGGUGUAAGCCUUUAGCCAUUUUACUUUUUUCCAUUCCCCAUGAUUGUGACUGCUCAAGGUGUGGGGUCCCAGACCCCAAGGUCCCAGACUUAACUUUAUUUCCUACUGAGUCCCAGACAGCAGUGUUGUGGGCGUCCCUACAUAUUAAUUCAGUAACCCCAGGCUACCGUGUCUUGUCCAACCAGACCAGUCCAGUCCAACUAGACUUUGUCAACUGUCCAGAUGUCAUAAUAUGGUUCAGGAAUUUAUAAAGAAAUUGGUCUCACCGUUAAUCCAUAACUUGAGUCCGAGGAUCUGCAUGUGUGAUGGUCUUAGACGGCCCUCUGUCUCUGAAUGUGGAGGUUGAGGCUGGAAUGGCUUUUAAUCCAGGAUGAUCACAUAAGAAAAGCUCACAUUUCUUUCCAGAUAUAAAGAUCACACCCAAAGAGUUUCCUAACACCACAGAAGUCAAUUUAUCUGCAAGAGCUUUGUGUUAUAUUUUUUCUUAUCCAACAAAUCUAUGCAUAUUGACAAAUUGUUUUUUGUUGAAAGAAUAUUGUACACUAUACACAAGCAGCAGACAGUGGAUGUGGAGAUGGAGGGUUGUAUUAGAAAUGAUUUUUUCAAGAAAAUUCUCCACAGUAUU